GCGAGGGAAUUUGCAGUCUUAGACCUCAUUCCAUCACUGUAACGCAGCUGUCAUGCCGAAAACUUCCAAGCAGCCCAGGCAGGUUCCACUCAAGACGGGGCCGUUUACUCCAAUACUGCCCCGACCUCAGGGACAAGCGACCAUGCCUCAGACCCAGAAAAUGCCACCGGAAAUCAUUACGGAGAGAAUCGCGCAAUCGGUUGCUCCGGGCUCCAUUGCCCGUGUUCCUUCCAACAUGGCUCUUGAAGACGUUCAAAUGAUGACUGCGCGAGCAGUCAUGCCGGGCUUCAUUGUUAUUCUUCCUCGCGACAUGGGUCCUGGUCAUCAUGCGGGUUCCGCCCAUGAUGCCCUACAGAAUGUGGUUGUCAUGAAGCCCUCGGGAUAUGGACCAACGCCAGAGGGAUCGGAAGGGAUCAGGAAUGACAACAGCACCGCUUCACUUCCGAAUCAGAUUUCACCUGCUUGGGACGCUUUCAGUCCCUCUGUCCCAACGCAGAACAUGGAUACUAGCUCGGGCAGAGCAAUACCCAUGGCUUCCGACACGUCCCCGCGCCGACCUUUCGGACGAAGUAUGGUCGCAGUCGAUCUUGGGGCUAACUCACCGACUGAACCAUUUUGCGCUAUCCUCGAUGGCACUGCCAAAUACUCAUGCAUGACUGCAUUAGGUGUGAUUCGCCUGGCGGAAAUUCAUCCCAACCUGGAUAUUCGGCAGACGACUCCACCGCAGCGACAGGGCCAAGGGUAUCCAACCCCUGCUGGCAUCAUCGUCAAUCCCCAGAGGUUUGUCGAGUUGAGCCUGAAAGCCUUGAACCCUGCAAUCCCCCCGAUGUCUGUUGACAUGCUCAUUUGGGAGGGCGACAGUCCGGUCGCUGAUGUGGAGGUGUACCUGGGUUGGCAACUGUUCGAAAAACUUCAGGCUCGCAAGACUCAACUGAAGGCUGGAGACGUUCGUCGGCAGACCACCGACUUCAGUGCGAUGAACCGACCCAUGGGACAGAACGGAAAUGCCGGAAUGUCAGGUAUCGGUAAUCUCCCCGCCGUUCUCCAAAGCGACAUGUCGCUCGCCGGAACCAAGAAUCCACCAGGCCCUGCAACCGCUUCGUACGGUAGGGCUUACGUCCCGUCUAACACGUUACGCUUCUUGUCUACGGACGGCUGUGAGCAAUUCUUCGACUCUUCGGACCUCGAAAGUACCCAGUCGCUGACGACUUCCCUCUUCUCCGAAGCACCUUGCUCUACAACGACGGAUUCGAGCUUCGAUCCAACUCUUGCUCCCGUGGACCCCAUGGCCGAACUCAUGAAGGAAUUUACCAAUGACGCCUUUGUAGGAUAUGACUAAGCGGAGUCGAA